GCCGGCCCUGCCGGGAGAGCUGGUGACCCCCCACUGGCUGGUAGGACGACAGAGCCGGAGGUCGGUCAGCCUGGAGGAUCAUGCUUCUGGCCGAAGGCUACACGGAGACUCAUUACACUGAGGAAGGGCUGCUCGUCACGUUAACGCCCAACCACACGGACCACUGCUACUACCACGGCCGCGUCCGGGGGGUUCCUGGCUCCUGGGUGGCCCUCAGCACCUGUGCGGGGAUCAGGGGACUGAUCGUACUGAGCGCCAACGCCAGCUACUACGUGGAGCCCCGGCGGCCCCCGGAGCCCGGACGUCCGGACGAGCACCGCCUGCUGCGGGCCGAGGGACUCCCCGCCCCCCCCGGGGCCUGCCCGCGCCAGCCCCGCCCGCCGCCCCGCCACCUCCGCCACCUCCGCCUCCGCCCGCACAGGGCCACGCCCAGUGGAGGGACCAAGCUCCGCUUCCAUCCAAUCGCUUUCUUCCACCGUGGCCCAGGCCACGCCCGUUCGAGUUCAGGCUCCGCCCCCAACCAAUCACUUUAUUCCGGGGUGGCCCCGCCCGCUCAGGCCUAA